AUGCCUACUCCACUUGACGAUACUCUUCCUUCUUUGAAUUCACACUCUCAUUUAGCUGGUCGCCAGAGCCAGCGCCUUCCAUUGCACCACGACGCCCAAUUCCCACACGAACUCGAACUCGACGAGCUCCCAACAUCCCGGAACCGUCCAAAGAGACUUAUCUUUGCCGAAGAUUCACAAUCAAGAUCCCAAGAGGAUACCAAGCAUCUUCUCGGCCGAACAGAUUCGGAAGACGAGGAAGACGGUGACAACGAUACCUCUAUGGGUGCUAGAUCUCGGCGCUCUAAGCCCCAAGAGCCUAAAGGCUCAUCCUCUUCCACCGAAGAGGAAAACGGGCACACAAACGGCAAAAUGAACCACAAUGUUGAAUACCGGCGCAAAAAUGCCAACCUUACGUCUCCUGUGGUCACGGAGAAUUUAAUCGGGCGCGAAUCUUUUACACUCGACGACCACGUCCCCCGAACGCCUACUAUAAACAAUCAUGGUUUCUUCCAAUUGCCGAUGCAGGACAGGCGCAAUUUCGGGCUCUUGGUCCUAUUAUAUUUCUUACAAGGCGUGCCGAUGGGGCUGGCGGCUGGAUCGGUGCCGUUUCUACUGAAGGGGGCGCAUUUGUCAUAUAGUGCGCUUGGGGUCUUCAGUUUGGCCUCCUACCCAUAUUCCCUAAAGCUUCUGUGGAGUCCUGUAGUGGACGCGGUAUGGACCCCAAAGGCGGGGAGGAGAAAGAGCUGGAUUUUGCCGAUUCAGAUGCUGUCAGGGUUUGGGAUGAUAUGGCUAGGGUCAAUGGUCAAGGAUAUGAUGGUUACAGCAGGCGCCCAGGACGGGUCUGGAAUAUGGGGGUUUACCGGAUGGUGGUUCUUCCUCGUUCUUAUGUGUGCCACCCAAGAUAUUGCAGUUGAUGGAUGGGCCUUGACGUUAUUGACCCCGGGAAAUAUCUCUUACGCCUCGACGGCACAAACAGUAGGACUGACUGCUGGACAAUUCAUGUCCUACACCGUAUUCUUAGCUUUCAACUCUCCCGACUUCGCCAACAAAUGGUUCCGGAAGACGCCCCUAGAUGAAGGAGUAAUGACUCUCGGAGGAUAUCUUACGUUUUGGGGCUGGGCUUAUAUAAUUGUAACCAUUGGCCUUGCCUUCUUGAAAAAGGAGGAGAAGACCAAAAACGAAGACGGGAUCUGGGAUGUCUAUAAAGUCAUGUGGGGUGUCUUGAAGCUCAAGAACAUCCAGACGAUUAUCAUCAUUCAUUUGAUCGCCAAAAUUGGAUUCCAGGCAAACGACGGCGUCACAAACUUGAAGCUGAUUGACAAAGGAUUCAGUCAGGAGGAUCUCGCAUUGACUGUCCUAAUUGAUUUCCCCUUCGAAAUAGGUCUGGGUUAUUAUGCUGGCAAAUGGUCCAGCACAUACACGCCGAUGCGUCUCUGGUGCUGGGGUUUCGUGGGACGUCUCAUUGCCGCAGUCAUUGCACAGAUAACCGUGAUCAUAUUCCCCGCAAACGGUGUAGAUACCUGGUAUCUGCUCGUAGUGAUCGCUGAGCACAUUUUUUCGACAUUUACGAACACUGUCAUGUUCGUUGCCAUCUCGGCGUUCCAUGCCAGGAUUGCGGACCCAGUUAUUGGUGGUACAUAUAUGACUUUACUCGCAACGGUCUCAAACUUGGGCGGCACAUUUCCCCGAUUCUUCGUCCUCAAACUUGUAGAUUACUUCACCGUGGCUACCUGCAUUCCACCUCCGGAUACAUACAAGCUUCCUGCAACCCUCCGAGGCCCCCUUAUCACAGAUUCAUUCUCCUGCUCUCUAUCAGCUGAGAAAGACCGCUGUCUCCAAGGUGGAGGGAUCUGCGAUAUCAGCAGAGACGGCUAUUACGUUGUGAACAUUUUAUGUGUUAUUAUUGGUGUCAUAACAUUCUGGGGCUAUAUUAAGCCUGCGGCGUUGAAGCUACAGGCUCUGCCGUUGAGGGCUUGGAGAAUUGCAGAUGGUGCUAGCUAG